UAAUUUUCCCCUCCCUCCCCAUUUCUCCUCCCGUGCCUUGCAGAGAUCGGCAGACCCAGCGCAGCUCGCGGGAUGGCUCAAGCUAAAGAGCGAACCUUGGAGGAUACCCCGACCUGGGCCGUUGCUGUCGUGUGCUUCGUCUUGCUCGCUAUUUCCAUCGCCAUUGAACACCUUCUUCAUGUUGUUGGACAUUGGUUCAAGAAGAAGCACAAAAGGGCUCUGUAUGAAGCACUCGAAAAGGUUAAAGGAGAGCUCAUGCUGCUGGGCUUCAUAUCGCUGCUGCUCACGGUGUUUCAGGAUCCUAUUUCCAAUAUCUGCAUAUCAGAAAAAGUUGCCGCCUCUUGGCAUCCUUGUGCUGUUCCAAAAACACAAACUCAAGCCCAAUCUGAUCCUGAGGACUCUGACGACCACAAUUCUCGCAAACUUCUCCAGUUUCUGGACCCCUCACCUCGACGUGUUCUCGCCACCAAAGGAUACGACAAAUGCGCAGACAAGGGUAAAGUGGCUUUUGUUUCUGCUUACGGCAUCCAUCAGCUCCAUAUAUUCAUCUUUGUGCUCGCAAUUUUUCAUGUCCUUCAGUGCAUUAUCACGCUCGCUUUGGGCAGAACUAAGAUGAACAAAUGGAAGAACUGGGAAGAUGAGACAAAGACUCUUGAAUAUCAAUGCUAUAAUGAUCCUGAGAGGUUCAGGUUUACGAGGGAAACAACAUUUGGGAGAAGGCAUAUGAAUACGUGGACUCGUUCUCCCAUUUCACUAUGGAUUGUUUGCUUCUUUAGACAGUUCUUUGGAUCGGUUACAAAGGUUGACUACGUGGCACUAAGGCAUGGAUUUAUCAUUGCUCAUUUGGCCCCCGGAAGCGAAUCAAAAUUUGAUUUCCACAAGUACAUCAAAAGAUCACUUGAGGAGGACUUUAAAGUUGUGGUGGGAAUAAGUCCCAUCAUAUGGUUUACGGCGGUCCUGUUCCUUCUGACAAACACCCAUGGAUGGCGCUCUCAUUUGUGGCUUCCAUUUAUCCCACUGAUUAUAAUCUUAUUGGUUGGUGCCAAGCUUCAAACGAUUAUAACAAAGAUGGCAUUGAGGAUUCAAGAAAGAGGGGACGUGGUGAAGGGUGCACCGGUGGUUGAACCAGGGGAUCACCUUUUCUGGUUCAAUCGCCCUCGUCUUCUCCUCUUUUUGAUUCAUCUCGUUCUCUUUCAGAACGCAUUUGAACUUGCAUUUUUCGCUUGGAGUACAUAUGAAUUCUCUAUAAACUCUUGCUUCCACCAAGAUACAGCGGAUAUUGUCAUUAGAAUUACAAUGGGGGUUAUCAUUCAAGUUCUGUGCAGCUAUGUGACCCUGCCUCUUUAUGCUCUGGUCACCCAGAUGGGUUCAAGCAUGAAGCCAACAAUUUUCAAUGAGAGAGUAGCAACUGCACUGAAGAACUGGCACCACGCAGCCAGGAAGAACGUGAAAGAAAGCAAGCACUCCUUAUUAUCAGAAUCGGUGACUCCAUUCUCCAGCAGGCCUGCCACUCCAAGCCGCGGCAUGUCUCCAGUUCAUCUGCUGCAAAACCACCCCUUGAGAAGCACUGAAAGUGCCCAUACUUCUCCCAGGGCUUCUUCUUCGAGCUACCAGGACAACGACCAUUGGGACAUCGAAGGCUCACCUUCCCCUAGUCGCCACCCUCACGAUCAGGCUGUUUCGCAGCCCACCGCCGCUGCUUCUGAUUUGCCCCCUCUUCCUCAGCAUGAGAUCACCAUUGCCUUAUCUGACUUCUCUUUCGACAAGCGGCAUUUGGAUAGAGACUAAUCAUCGAGGAUCAAGCUUUCUUUCUUGCCCACAAUUUGUACAUGAAAAUUUCUUUUAAGUGUUUAUACACGCACACAGAGGUUUAUUUUCGUUGCAAAUUGAGAAUUUUCAUGUAUUUCAAAAGGAGGUAUAAUAUUAGAAAAAAAUGUGAUUUCAUUUCCUUUCU